AUGGCUUUAUGGAUCUGGACACUGAGCAUCUUGAGCUGUUUUUGCAUCACCUUAUCCAGAAAUGAGGAACUGAAAUUUUUUCAGAGUGCUACAGAGCUAAAUCAUCUAACAGUGGAUAAUGACACUGGGAUAAUCUAUCUGGGAGUGGUAAAUGCUCUGUAUCAGCUUACAGAAAACCUGGAUGUAAUAAGGUCUGUAGAAACCGGUCCAAGAAAGGACAACAAAAAGUGCACACCUCCCAUUGAUGAAAAUCAAUGUAAAGAGGCGGUACUGACUGACAAUUACAACAAAUUACUGUUGCUGAACAAGGCAGAUAAAACAAUUGUGGUGUGUGGAAGCCUUUUUAAGGGAAUCUGUGCCAUCAGAGAUCUAGAAGACAUUAGCAAUGAGAAGUACUAUGUAGACAGUAGCGGAGAAAAGUCCUUUGUAGCAAGCAACGAUGAGAAUGUAUCAACUGUGGGAUUGAUCACAUCCUUGAAUAACGACCGAGUGCUGUUUGUUGGGAAAGGGAAUGGGCCAAAUGAUAAUGGGAUAAUAAUCAGCACUCGACAGCUCUACGAAAGGGAUGGAAAAGACAUUUUUGAAAUGUAUACAGACUCAGCAGCUGUUAAGUCAGCUUAUCACUCUUCAAGCACACAACAAUUUGUGGCAGUCUUUGAGGAUAAAAAUUAUGUUUAUUUCAUUUUUAAUCAGCAAGAGAAACAGCCCGUCAAUAACCGCACACUGAUUGCACGUCUGUGCAAAGAUGAUGCCCAUUAUUAUUCCUACUUUGAAAUGGACUUGGGUUGCAAAGAUGAUGAUGGUGCCUAUGACCACUGUCAUUCUGCUUAUGUCACUACCCCAGGAGAAGAGCUGGCUGAGAGCAUGGCUCAGCAGAGACAAACUACGGAUGCUCUCUCAGAUGACAAAGUUCUCCUUGCACUCUUCAGCAAAGUAAACAAAGAUAAUGGCUCUCUAAAAUCUGCCAUGUGUGUGUUUUCCUUGCGGCACAUCAAUGAAAAGAUGGAAAAAAACCGGAACGAUUGCUACACUAAAAAGAAUACCAGCUCAUUUUACAAACUUUUUGCAGCAGAAAACCCGUGUGCAUCCCAUGGACUGAAUGCAAGCAAAAAUUUCCCCUGUGGCUCCGAACACUUGCCGUACCUUUUGGGAAGUAAGAAUGGUGUUAUAGAGAAGCCGGUACUACAAAAAGAAGGGAUGAAUCUCACGGCCGUCACUGUGGCUGUGGAGAACGGGCAUACCGUGGCCUUUCUGGGAACGUCAGAUGGUAAAAUUCUUAAGGUGUUCCUGUCAUCCACUGCAACUGAGUACAGCUCUCUUACUAUUGAACUAAACAAACCCAUAAAGAAUGACUUGGUCCUUGACCAAACCCAAGAAAAUCUGUAUGUGAUGACCACAGACAAGGUGCAUCGGCUACCUGUGCAGGACUGCCACAAAUAUUCGGACUGUGAGAAGUGUACUCAGGCGAGGGAUCCGUACUGCGGCUGGUGUGUGAGAGAGGGCAGGUGCACAAAGAAGGCAGACUGUGGAACAGCUGAUAAGGAGAACCACUGGUUGUGGAGCCCAGGUGGCACGUGCAUGACUAUCAUUAGUGCAGACCCUCUAAAUAUGAGUCGCAAAGCCCCUGCAAAGGUGGAACUGACUGUAAGUCCAUUGCCAACUUUGACUGAGAGUGACCAGGUUUUGUGUACAUUUGGUGAAACAACCCAUUACGCUCAAUUAAAAAAAGGGGUUAUUAUCUGUGAUCCGCCCGAUAUAAUUCCUCCAACACCAAAAGGUCAAGAUCAUGUUUCAGUUCCACUUCAGUUAACCUUUGGAAAGAACAAGAUAUUUUUUGCAUCACAUACUUACCCUUUUUAUGACUGUGAAGAAGCAAUGAAUCUUUUUGAAAAUCAGCCAUGCUAUUCCUGUGCAAGCAAUAGAUGGAAUUGCCAGUGGGACUGGAAGAGACAUAUCUGUGAAGAGUCCUCUUCAAUACAGGAUGUGAUUAAACAAAAUAUGGAAGAAGAAUGCCCGCAGUUUCUAAACCCUAACCCUCCAAUAAUACCUAUGGAGUACCGAACAACGGUGUAUUUUGAGGGAAGACAUCUAGUUUAUUAUCGGGGUAAAAAAUUUGUGGUUGGAAACAGCCAAUUUGAAUUCGAAGCUCCUGUUGAUGAAUCAGAUGAAGGAAAAUUUUCAUUCAUGAGUAAAGAGUUCUCCUAUAGUGCAAAUGAAACCCUACAACUUAACUUAUCCAUAAGAACAGAUAAGGUCAAGAUUGACAGCAAACUGAUGGUGACUCUGUACAACUGCUCUUAUGGACGAAGUGACUGCAGCUUAUGCCUCGCGGCCCAUCGCGACUAUAAGUGUGUUUGGUGUGAAGAAGACGGCAAGCCCAGCAAGUGCGUUUAUGAAAAACUCUGUCAUGCUCCUCCCACCAACACAUGUCCUCAUCCAGAAAUCACUCGCAUUGAGCCAAAAACUGGACCACUAAAUGGUGGAAUUCUUUUGACCAUAAUGGGAUCUAAUUUGGGAAUAAAAGCGGAAGAUGUAAAAAAUAUAACGGUGGCAGACAAGGAGUGUCUUUUCAAAGAGGAAUUCUACUCUGUUUCCACAAGGAUUGUAUGUCAAGUUGGACCAAUGAAUGAACCAAAACAAGGUCAAAUUGAAGUUAACAUCAAUGGAAAAUUAGGUAAAUCACCAAAUGAAGUGCUAUUUACAUACCAGAAACCUCAUCCUUCUGGAAUCAGACCUGAAAGCGGUCCACAAGCGGGUGGAACCACACUUACCAUCAGUGGUACAAACCUGGCCACUGGUUCCAAGAAGGAUGUUCAAGUUUCAGUUGGUAGCCAGCCUUGCAAUGUCACUGAAUUUGGAGAUGAGAUCGUUUGUAUUACAGGACCUAAUAGCAAAGUUGAAGCUGUUGAAGUCACAAUGGACUAUGGGGGCAUGGCAGUUAGUGUACCAAAGCUGUUUUCAUACAGUGAGAACCCUACUGUCACCAAGUUCCUGCCAGUAAAUAGCUUCAGCAGUGGAGGGAGAAAUAUUACAGUAACUGGAACCGGCUUUGAGCUCAUCCAGAGUUUCUCGUUGGUGGUAUAUGCAGAACGACCAGAAGCAGGGAAACUGAAUCUCAAAAGG